UCUGUGAAUUGUGCAAGUUUUUAUGGCAUUUAAAAUCUUUAAACAUCUAGCAAUUGUUUAACUACUUGGUGAAUCUAACGAUGGCGGCUUUCCCAGGAAGUAUAGCCUUUGAUGAAUACGGCAGACCUUUCAUAAUUCUGAGGGACCAGGAUAAACAAAAAAGACUUACAGGGAACGAUGCCUUGAAAUCGCACAUUUUGGCUGCGAGGUCAAUUGCCUCGACGCUAAAGACCUCUUUGGGACCAAAAGGUCUAGACAAGAUGAUGGUAUCAUCUGAUGGUGAUGUCACUGUUACUAACGAUGGGGCAACUAUUUUAAAAAUGAUGGAUGUGGAGCAUGAAAUUGGUAAAUUGAUGGUGCAAUUGUCACAGUCUCAAGAUGAUGAAAUCGGUGAUGGAACGACUGGAGUUGUUGUCUUAGCAGGUGCUUUAUUGGAGCAUGCAGAAAGUUUACUUGAUCGUGGAAUACACCCAAUUCGUAUCGCUGAUGGUUAUGAACUGGCUGCGCAAUGUGCUAUGAAGCAUCUUGAUAGCAUUUCAGAAGGUUUUCCUAUUUCCCAAAAUAAUCUUGAGCCAUUGAUCAAAGUGGCGAUGACGACUUUGGGAUCAAAAAUUGUUAACAAGUGCCACCGGCAGAUGGCUGAAAUGGCUGUCAAUGCUGUUAUGGCUGUCGCAGACUUGGAAAAGAAGGAUGUCAACUUUGAAUUGAUAAAAAUAGUGUGUAAGGAUGGUGGUCGAAUGGAAGAUUCAAUGCUUGUGAAAGGUGUUGUUAUUGACAAAACCAUGAGCCAUUCACAGAUGCCAAAAACAUUGAAGAAUGCCAAAGUUGCUAUUUUAACCUGCCCAUUUGAACCACCAAAGCCAAAAACUAAACAUAAGAUGGAAGUCAAGUCUGCUGAAGAUUAUAAUGAGCUCAGAAAAUAUGAGGCUGAGAAGUUCCAGGAGAUGGUUAAACAGGUUAAAGAUUCCGGUGCCACUUUAGCUAUUUGUCAAUGGGGCUUUGACGAUGAAGCAAAUCAUCUUUUACUUCAAAACAAUUUACCAGCAGUUCGUUGGGUUGGUGGACCAGAAAUAGAAUUGAUUGCCAUUGCUACUGGAGGUCGAAUUGUCCCACGAUUCGAAGAACUCACUCCUGAGAAAUUGGGACAGGCCGGAAUUGUUAGAGAAUUAGCAUUCGGAACAGCUAAAGAUAGGAUGUUGGUUAUCGAAGAGUGCAAUAAUUCAAGAGCUGUAACGAUUCUCUUACGUGGUGGAAACUCAAUGAUCAUCGCCGAAGCAAAACGAUCAAUACAUGAUGCUUUAUGUGUCGUCAGGUCUUUAGUUAAGGAUAAUAGAAUCGUUUUUGGAGGUGGUGCUGCUGAAAUCAGUUGCAGUCUUGCAGUCGCUAAAGAAGCAGAUAAGCUAUCGACUUUAGAACAGUAUGCGUUCCGAGCUUUCUCAGAAGCUUUGGAAUCUGUACCAUUAGCUUUAGCUGAAAACAGCGGUCUGAGUCCGAUUCACACAUUAUCAGAAGUAAAAUCUCGUCAAGUGGCUGAAAACAAUCCUGCUCUUGGAAUUGACUGCAUGUUCAAUGGUCAGUUUGAUAUGAAAAAACAAAACGUCAUCGAAUCUCUCCACAGCAAGAAGCAACAGUUGGUAUUAGCUACACAAUUGGUUAAGAUGAUUUUAAAAAUCGAUGAUGUCAGGUCACCUGCUGACCAAUAAUUGAUACAAGUCUUAUAGCAACCAAAAUCAAUGACACUUAUUAUCACAAAUUGCAUUUGAAUUUUUGAACACUAAUCAUUUUAGCUUUUGGCAA